AUGGCUAUCCUUAAGUACCCUAAAGGGUUUUAUCGCCAUCUGAACGCCAAGCAAUGCUGGAAGCUUAUUCAUAACCCAGAUAGUACAUGGGCUCGUGUCCUUAAGGGUUUGUAUUUUCCUCAUUCAUCCUUCUUGCAAGCUUCAAGUAGUCCUAGAAGAAGCUCUUGGAUUUGGCAAAGCCUAUUGGCUGGUAGAGAUGUUAUUAAAGAGGGAUACAGACACAAUAUUGGGGAUGACACUCAAUCUCUCAUUUGGUUUGAUCCUUGGAUUCCAAGCAUUAAAGGCUUCAGGGUAUUCAGACCACCACACUUCCCUCUUCAGGUGAAUUUAGUGGCAGAUCUUAUUGAUCAUGAUUUGCUGCAAUGGAAAACAAACAUCAUUGAUAGUAUUUUUGAUCCAAUUAUUGCUACAGCAAUCAAAGCCAUUCCUGUUGCUCCUUUAGGAAACAAAGAUUCUAUUGUGUGGCGCUUUGAUCAUUCAGGUAAUUACUCAGUUAAGUCUGGAUAUAGAUUUCUAUCUAGAAUCAGACAUGAUCAGUCUUUUGGUGGAGUAAAUAACUCCAAUCUCAUUUCCAGAGAGGUGUGGUUAAAGACAUGGAAUCUUCCUAUCCAACCAAAAUUCAAAGUUUUCUUAUGGAAAGCUCUCCUAAAUGCUUUACCUGUUAAAAGUACCCUGCUUAGAAGAGGCAUUCCUAUUAAUCCAUCAUGUCCAAAUUGCGCAGCUGAGGAAGAAACUAUAGAACACACCCUCUUUUGGUGCAAUGAUGCUAGGGCAAAAUGGUUUGUGAGUGCUAACACUUAUAAGCCUAAUCCAGUUGGCUUUGGUUCCUUCUCGUUGUGGUGGUCAGCUAUUUUGAAUGAAUUUUGUGAGGAUCAACUGGGCUUGUGCUUUAUAGCCAUUUCUUGCUGGAUCAUUUGGAAAGAGAGGAACCUUACUGUGUUUGAUCAUAUUGGCCCGAAUCCCAUAGUAGCUGCCAAGAGAAUUUCCAAGUCUUUUUUUGAGGUAUCUAGUUCAGCUACGAGGGGAGAUCCUAUUACUUCCUCCUUGCAUGAUUUUACUGUAAGUUCAGUGUGGUCUCCUCCACCAGUUGGAACUCUUAAGCUGAAUAGUGAUGUGGCUUAG